AUACUCGUAUACACACAUGCACUAUCUGAAACAGCAAGAAGGACAUCGAUCUCAUGGUAGCGAACAAGCUCCAAGCUUUUUGGAACCACCCAGCUGGGCCUAAAACUAUUCACUUUUGGGCCCCAACUUUCAAAUGGGGCAUCAGCAUAGCAAAUAUCGCUGACUUCUCGAAGCCACCUGAAAAGCUCUCUUACCCUCAGCAACUAGCUGUCACAUUCACUGGACUUAUUUGGACCCGCUACAGCUUGGUGAUUACUCCAAAAAACUGGAAUCUUUUCAGUGUCAACGUUGCGAUGGCAGGGACUGGAUUAUAUCAACUAUCACGCAAAAUUAAGCACGACUACCUCUCUGAGACAGAAGCAGCUGUGGCGAAAGAACGACUAUGAAGAUUUCUUGAACCUAAAUCGUUUCGGCAUCUAAGUUACAUUUGCUACCGGCACUUUUACAGUAAUUCCUAGCUGAUGGGUUUCUGAACCGAGUGUUGAGUAGUGUCCGCUUGGAUUGUAUAGCUCCUGCUCCUGCAGUUGAACCAUCAACCUUCACUAGUAUAAAUCUUAUGUACUUUCAAGCUUUAUGUAAAAUUUGCAUUCAAUUUGUGUCGGAACGUUAUUAUAGAAGCCAUAUGGUUGAAUGUAUAUUAACAAAUGGAUCCGGUGCCGAUACAGUUUGGUGUCAUGGAGCAUUCAUUAACGAACAUGUUAUAUUGGAAGAUUCAUGAUGUAGAAAGCAGGUGUUAGUGACUAGGGGUGAGCAUGGGUAAAGUGUAGAACUGGAAUUGGUAGGUACCCACCCGUCAGUUCCGGGUAGGAACUGGAAUUGGUCCUAUUAGGAUUUGGUUUCGAUUAUGAAAAACUGGAAUCAGGAAUUUCUAGGUC